AUGUUUCUUCCUUUUCUGCGCUCUGUGCGUUCUUUGUUACCCUCAUGCUCUCUCGAUAUCCGCCGAAGACAAGUUCAGAAGCUUUUUGGCCAGACUGGCCGAAAGCUGAAGGGAAUACACAAAGCUGAUAGAGUACAAGAUGCAGAGAAAAGGACAGGUCGAGGAAGUGCGGCGAAGACGGAGCGAAAUGGGGCCGCAACGGCAAUUGGGCCGCGGCACGUUCAUUUCGUAGCGCUUAGCCGAAGGGCGCACUCGAUCGAGACGAAAGAGUGGACCCAAUGGAGAGGGAGCAGACUCCGUGGCCUCGAGGCCACAAAAGUUUGGGGCUCGAGGGAGAAUGCGGCUCUCACUCAUUUGGGUAGGGGACGGGGAAAGCCGGCGUUUCGUGCCAAACGGCGGCGGACAGAGAUGAAGAGCGAGGCCCAAGACUUACUGCUACUUUCGGUGGUCCCGACUUUCUGGACUCCCAGCCCGAGAAGCAUCCCAAACAACCGGAGGGGGCUCACCUCCGAAGAGAGCGAUCCGGACCAGAAAAAUGGGACGUGCGACGAAGCCGUUGCAGCAGGAGAUUUGGAAUCUUGGGACGGCUUCGAAUCCUCUUUGCUUUCUGAAGGCAAAAGAACAUAG